UUUCCUGACCAAGUGGAGAGCUCGGGUGGUGAACUGGGAAGUGCACAUAGCAUGCAUUUAUCCACCUCAAGGCAAUUAUUCUUUACUAUAUCCCAGGGCUUUUAUGGAGAGUUUUUAUUUUUGUUCAUCAUCACAUUUUUUAAAAUGUGAUUUUUAGUGUAACGCUAAAUCACACACUGAUGCCCCGCCUCCUUCUGCAGCUCUGACUAGGAGGCAAAACGCCAUCCAGCUGGGAGUCAGUCUGACAGCAAGCACGGAGGAUAUAAGACAUCGGGAGGACACACACCAUUGAAAGGAAAGAUCACAAGGACAACUCCAUAUUCCUUGGACUUGCCAAAAGGGAGUACAGAAACUGGGCAGGUGUUCUGCAGGAGUAUUCUGUAAGUAAAGACAACUAAAGUGGAAUCUUCCUCCACCCAUUCUUUACACCACUAUGGCAAUCUUCAACAGAAAGUUAAGCUCAUCAUAUUUCUUGGAAGUGUUUGUACUUUUCUCUGAAUAGUGUCAGUCAGGGUAAUAACAAUGGUGGAACCGGUGGGGUUUGCAGAGGCUUGGAGAACCCAGUUUCCUGAGUCAGAUCCACCAUGCAUGGAGCUGAACUCUUUAGGAGAGAUUGAACAGGAGCUGGACAAAUGCAAGACGUCCAUCAGACACUUGGAGAAGGAGGUAAACAAAGAGCGGUUUCGAAUGAUCUACCUGCAGACUCUUCUCGCGAAAGAGAAGAAGUCUUACGAUGGGCAGCGCUGGGGGUUUAAAAGGACUGCUCAGACAAGUGAUGGAGACAUUUCCAGUGGUGCAGACAGUCACAAAGAGGAAGCAUCAGUGGAGCAACCACAGACAGGACCUGGUAAGACAGCCAAGUGGACACCACAUCCCGAGGGAGAGGUUGAGGGUGCCAAACAGAAGGGUCGCAUGUCACCUGUUCGCCAAGAGUCAGAUAUUUCCGAAUUCCCGGUGGGACCGGGUUCGGUUGCAGCUUUGCGAUCAAACUUUGAGCGCAUCAGGAGAGCCAAUUCUCACACAGCCGUAGAUGGCCGAGGGUUCUCGGUGGCAGGAAGGCCGGAAAAACCCUUCUAUGUGAACAUGGAGUACCAUUAUGAGCGCGGACUGGUUAAAGUGAACGACAAGGAGGUCUCAGACAAGAUCAGCACGCUUGGCUGUCAGGCCAUGCAAAUGGAGCGUAAGAGGUCUCUUCAUUCUGUACCAGGGAACCUUUCAGCCACUACAGGGGACAUAAACAAGUUCGUCCAACGGGGCAGGUCCACGGAGGGGAAUUACAGUUAUAACGGGUCCUAUGAUGAACCUGAGCAGCACUUCCUGAAAGACUGCGUGGUCCGUUCUACUGGAGGAACAUGUGAGCCACAAGCAUCUGAGUGCCCGCCAUACGCUAGUGUGUAUGUUGGGGGAAUGAUGGCUGCUGAAGGGGAGACUCGAGUGAUCCAGAUCAGAGACCACAGCAUAGAGAAAGACACACACCUAACAUGGCCACGACGCUCCUGCUCUCCGGGUAGCUUUGACGACGGCGGAGGAGGAUACACUCCGGACUGUAGCUCCAAUGAGAACCUAACAUCCAGCGAAGAGGACUUCUCCUCAGGCCAGUCCAGCCACGUCUCACCCAGUCCUACUGCCUAUCAGAUGUUCAGGGAGAAAAGCCGCUCACCGUCCCAGCAGUCUUGUGACAGUAGCAGUCCACCCACACCCCUCUCACUAAAGCGUUUGAAGCAGCAGGUGGGCCUGACUGACGCCAACAUCAGAGUACAUAAAACAGGACAACCCUGGCCUAGUGAUGGAGACUCCACCACAUCCAGCAGAACCUCCCAUGACAACAGUAUCCAAGGAGAUAUGGGGUCGCAGGUAUGCUGGAGCCUAUCCCAGCUGUCUUUGGGCAAGAGGCGAGGUACACUCUGGACCUGGUCGACUGAUUUUGUCUACAUAAAAUACACCGAGGCACCUCUAUCAUAUAAUUAUGACCUGGAACACUCAGAAGACCACCAGCCUCGUCACGAUGCUCUGUCCCUCACCGGGUCUCCUUCCUCCUCGCCACAGCUCCGCUCUAAGAGUCGAUGCAGCCGAGACACACGGUCAUCUUGUUCCCUCGAGUCAGCACUGUCGGUGGAGCUGGAUCAGGAAAAAGAUGUGGAGAUGAGGAAGUGGGUCUUGUCGGGAAUCCUGGCCAGUGAGGAGACCUACCUCAGCCACCUAGAAGCACUUUUGAUUCCCAUGAAGCCUCUCAGAGCUGCUGCCACAACGUCCCAACCAAUGCUGACCAUUCAACAGAUCGAGACCAUUUUCUUCAAAGUACCAGAGCUCUAUGAGAUUCAUAAAGACUUCUAUGACGCUCUGCUUCCUCGUGUCCAAGACUGGAGUUACCAGCAGUGUGUGGGAGACCUCUUCCAGAGACUGGCCAGCCAGCUGGGAGUGUACCGGGCCUUUGUGGAUAACUAUAAGGUUGCUGUGGAGACAGCAGACAAGUGCUGCCAGGCAAACACACAUUUUGCCCAGAUAUCCGAGAAUCUCAAGGUCAAAAGCACAAAGGACUGCAAAGAUCAAUCCUCUAAGAAAUCCCUAGAGACUCUUCUCUACAAGCCUGUCGACCGAGUGACCCGCAGCACACUCGUUCUGCAUGAUUUACUGAAGCAUACUCCCUGCAGCCACCCCGACUAUCCACUGUUGCAGGAUGCCCUGCGCAUCUCACAGAACUUCUUGUCCAGCGUUAAUGAAGAAAUCACCCCUCGCAGGCAGUCCAUGACAGUCAAGAAGGGAGAGAAUCGUCAGCUUCUGCGAGACCGCUUCAUGGUGGAGCUGGUUGAAGGUUCCAGGAAACUCCGUCACGUCUUCCUCUUCACAGACCUGCUGCUGUGCACCAAGCUGAAGAAACAGGCUGUAGGCAAAGGACAACAGUAUGACUGCAAGUGGUACAUUCCGCUGGCUGACCUGACCUUCCAGACCAUCGAGGACUGUGAAUCGACCCCCAUCCCUCUGGUGCAGGACGAGGAAAUUGAUGCCCUCAAGAUCAAGAUAUCCCAGAUCAAGAAUGAGAUCCAAAGAGAGAAGAGAACCACCAAAGGACCCAAAGUGGUGGAGCGACUAAGGAAGAAGUUAUCAGAGCAGGAGUCUCUGCUUCUUCUCAUGUCACCCAACAUGGCUUUCAGGGUGGCUAACAGAAAUGGCAAGGGCUUCACCUUUCUGAUCUCCUCUGACUACGAACGUGCUGAAUGGAGGGAGAUCAUUCGUGAACAGCAAAAGAAAUGUUUCAAAAGCUUCUCGCUCACAUCUCUGGAGCUGCAGAUGCUCACUAACUCAUGUGUGAAACUCCAGACUGUCCACACUGUUCCUGUGACCAUGAAUAAAGAGGAUGAUGAAUCUCCGGGAUUGUAUGGCUUCCUAAAUGUCAUUGUGCACUCUGCAUGUGGACUCAAGCACAGCUUAAACCUUUACUGCUCUCUUGAGGUGGAUUCCUUCGGUUACUUUGUCAACAAAGCCAAAACACGCGUGUACAGGGACUCUACAGAGCCCAGCUGGAACGAGGAGUUUGAAAUUGAGCUGGAAGGAUCUCAGACGCUGAGGCUGCUCUGCUAUGAAAAGUGUUGCAGCAAACCCAAACAGAGCAAAGAAGAUGGCGAGAUGACAGACAAGAUUGUGGCCAAAGGACAGAUCAAGUUGGAUCCGCAGAACCUGCAAAGCAAAGACUGGCAGAGGACAGUUAUCGCUAUGAAUGGGGUUGAGGUCAAGCUUUCAAUGAAGUUCACCAGCAGAGAGUUCAGUCUCAAGCGUAUGCCUUCACGGAAACAGUCCGGUGUGUUUGGGGUGAAAAUCCAUGUUGUCACAAAACGGGAGCGCUCCAAGGUUCCUCUCAUUGUGAGGCAGUGUGUUGAGGAGAUAGAGCGACGAGGGAUGGAAGAAGUGGGCAUCUACAGAGUGUCCGGCGUGGCAACGGAUAUCCAAGCUCUGAAGGCUGCCUUUGAUUGCAACAACAAGGACGUGUCUGUGAUGAUGAGGGACAUGGACGUUAACGCCAUCGCCGGGACACUCAAGUUGUAUUUCCGCGAGCUCCCGGAGCCUCUUUUCACUGACGAGCUGUACCCCAACUUUUCUGGAGGUGUUGCUCUCUCUGACAGUGUGGCCAAGGAGAGCUGCAUGCUCAACCUGCUGCUUUCUCUACCAGAGCCCAAUCUAGUCACCUUCCUGUUCUUGCUGGACCACCUGAAAAGGGUGUCUGAAAAUGAGUGCAUCAACAAGAUGUCCCUGCACAACCUGGCUACUGUUUUUGGCCCCACUCUGCUCCGGCCUUCAGAUAAAGACAGCAAACUCAGCAUUAACAGCUCACAGCCCAUCUCGAUGAACGACAGCUGGUCGCUGGAGGUCAUGGCUCAGGUGCAAGUUCUGCUCUAUUUUCUCCAGCUGGAGAACAUUCCGACACCUGACAGCAAACGACAAAGCCUUCUCUUCUCGACUGAAGUAUAACGGGAGUGUUAUUGGCUAAAAAGUUCUGCAGAAAAAGACUUUCUGGAAUAGGAUGCACAAUUUUGCCACAAGGUGGAGCCAUCACCCAAUGAGUCACGGACAAAGUUGACCUGCUGCUGUUACACCUUCAUUUGAAGUAUGGACGAAAUACAUCUUCAUUUAGUAUGUAUUAGAUGACCCUUUUUGGAAUGUAAAUUAGGGUUAAAUAAAAUCUCCUGUCAUUGUGCACAUUAGGUCCAUAUUCACAAGAGUCAGUGUGUGACAUUAUGUUUUUUGUAAGGUCUUUACAAUGUGGAUGGAUGGAAGAUAAAUGAAUAUAUGUAUUCACACAUUUGCUCCUUUCAGUCUUACCCAACAUCUUAUUGAGCCAAGCUACAUAUUUGGCAUUACAAAAGUCUCCACCAGGCCCAAAUGUCACAAUAAGUAUCCCCGCUUUCUUGCGAUUCAGGAACAACCCCACAAAUUUGUGGAUUUUUGGUCCCCAAAAAAUAUUUUUUAUUUUUUUUAUAGACUUUUUUUCCCACAGCAAACAUCUCAUUCACCAUAAGUCUGUAACAGUUAAUAACUAUAUGACAGUACAGGUAAAAUGUACAGCAUAUAUGUUCCACUUUUAGAAUGCCCACAAUUUUUACAUGUGUAUGUCUUUAUGCUUUACUGAUAAUGUUUUUUUGUCAAGCGUUGAGAUUGCACACUUUGUUGGCUGUCUUUAAAUGCACCAUAUUUGAUGCUGAGAGGCAAAAGUUCAGCCACGGAGGCACUAGCUUCGACAGUCACGGAUCAUUUUACAUUAUUGUUCAUUAGUGGUGAGUACCUCUACAUUAUGUACUUUAAAUGUGUUAAUAGUAUGUGAGGCAUAUUUAGGGCUUAAACCUGGAUUGUGCCUCGAGUGAACAAUGGCAAUUGAAGAGAAGAGGGCAGGGUUCUGGAGCUGAAGCUAAUCUAAUAAUUACAUCAGUCGCUUUUAUUGCAAAUGUUGAUCCAAAAUCAGAGGAGAACGUCAAUAUCAAGGUAAAAGGAGGUUUUAAUACGUGUGUCAAAAAAUAGACAUUCUUCGUAUCAAUUACACACGUUGUUUUUGUCUGGUGGUCUUGGAACGUAACUGCAGUGAAAAUGGGGGCUCUAAUGUAGACCGAAAUAAUGAUUGGGUUAAUUCUGCACCUUCUGCCAUCUAGUGGAAGAGCAUUUUAAUUGUUCUGAAUUUCACUACACAUCACUGGCAUAGACUUAUGGACAAAGGUAGAUUUGUCGUAGUAUCCAUCCAUCCGUUUUCUAUACUGCUUUUCCUCAUUAGGGUCAUGGGUGUGCUGGAGCCUAUCCCAACUGAAUUAGUGCGGGAGGCGGGGUACAUUCUGGACUGGUCGCCAGCCAAUCACAGGGCACAUAUAGACAAACAACCAUUCACAACUAUGGACAGUUUAGAGGAAUCUGUGUACAACAGAGAGGUGAGGCCAACAUGCUAACCACUUGUCCACCGUGCCGUCAAUUAUUUGUUAAAUAAAUAUGCAUUUUCGGACCAAUGAAGUGAAAUUUGAUCAUUUUCCGUGACACACCUGAUUAUCUCUCAGUGGCUCAGUGGUUAGGAAUCACUGGUCUGUGCUUUGUUUCCCUGCUGAUAACCAAUUUAACAGUUUUAAGUUAAAGGUUUUUUCGUCCAACAUGCCGGCAUGUUGAAGUGGACUAAACUGGAAGUGUUUCAUUUCAUUUCAUUUCAUUUCAGUGUUUCAAAUAAAUACAAAUCUACUGUUCAAAUGCUUUAUUUCUUUUCAGUUCCUUUAACCCAGGGGUGUCCAAAUUGUGGUCCGGUGGCCAUUUUCGGUCCGCAACUUGCUUUUCUUUUUUUUUUUUUUUAUUUGUCCUGAAAAUAAAUUCAUUAUAAAUAAAAUAUAUUACUAGAUAUUACACUAAUUAGCUUUGUCGCCUGUAACACAAAGCUAAGAUGUGGAUGUUUUGUUCAAAUAGCUUAUUUUUUAUUUUUCUGUAUGCGAUCCAAGGUUUGGACACCCCUGCUUGAGCCUGUUCUUCAUAUGUUGUCCCCACUGUUUUUCUUAUUUGUUAUAUGAUUUACUCAUGAGAUGGUUGGUGUUCUAACUGCAUUCCUACUCUAGUAUCCUACCUAUGAAGGACACAAACACUGUUGCUUGGUACACCCUUGCUUCACUUAUACCCAACACUCCUGGGGUAAUAGCAGGCUUAUAACCCCCUUAUAGUAUUCAUGUCAAAGUUCUGUGAAAAAGGAAGAAAAAAAUAGUGUGCUUGUAUUAAGAGUUGUUUUUCCAAAUCUUUGCGUGUAAUUAUGGGCGCAGACUGUAAGUCUUUCUACUUGUAAUUCAUGUAAAAUGCACAAUUACUCCUUGUGAGCAAUGGCCAAAUGUGUAAUGUAUGAUUUCUUGAAAUAAAGACUACCUAACAUUA